AUGUAUAGUGAGGACUUGAACUUCAGGGAGAGCUAUACAUCACGCAGUGUAGACAAAUACAGAUAUAGCUUAGAGCACAGGAACAGGGUGAAGGCACUCACAGUAGAAAAGUACCGGGAUGUUUUGGAUCACAGAGUCAGGGUUAAGGCACGCAGUAUAGCCAAAUAUAGUGCCAAUAUCAAGCACAGGUACACAGUUAAGGCACGCAGUAUAGCCAAAUAUAGUGCCAAUAUCAAGCACAGGUACACGGUUAAGGCACGCAGUAUAGCCAAAUAUAGUGCCAAUAUCAAGCACAGGUACACGGUUAAGGCACGCAGUAUAGCCAAAUAUAGAAACGAUAUCAAGCACAGGUACACGGUUAAGGCACGCAGUAUAGCCAAAUAUAGUGACAAUAUCAUGCACAGGUACACGGUUAAGGCACGCAGUAUAGCCAAAUAUAGUGACAAUAUCAUGCACAGGUACACGGUUAAGGCACGCAGUAUAGCCAAAUAUAGUGACAAUAUCAUGCACAGGUACACGGUUAAGGCACGCAGUAUAGCCAAAUAUAGAAACGAUAUAGAUCACAGAGAAAAGGUUAAAUUCGGGAGUAAAGUGGCCAGUAAGAUAAGAUACACAGACAAUUUAGAACACAAGCACAGGGUUAAAGCACGCAGUGUAGGAAAAUACAUGGCCGAUUUAGUACACAGAGACAAGGUUAAACUAGGCAGCAAAAGGCAGUAUAGUGUUAGUUUAAAACAUAGACAGCAAGUGAUAGCUAGUGUACAGCUGAGUCGGAAGCAGAGGCUGGAGAAGUCUGUAGAUUUUGGUUUUGUCAUGGAUAGUUUUUUGGAUAAGGUUAGACACGGACCCGAUUUUGUGUGUAGUGUUUGUCAUAGGCUGCAGUUUAAAUAUCAGGUGCUGCGCUGUGAGAGGGAAGUAUAUGCAGCACGUUUAGCAACGGCAGGCAUUGCAAAUAAUUGCAUUAGUGAGCAUUAUCUGCAUAGUUGUGAUGAUAAGUGUGUUGAGCCCUGUCCCAUUGUUGAGUCCAGAGGUCAGUUGUGGAUUUGUUUUACUUGUCAUAGUAAGAUCAGUAAAGGUCAAUUCCCAGCUGAAUGUUGGAGCAAUAACUUGGCUGUACACCCCAUUCCUCCAGAACUGGGAUGUCUGAAUAGCUUAGAGCAGCACCUGUUAGCUUUACGCAUCCCUUUUAUGAAGGCGUUGGCGUUGCCUAAGGGUGGUCAGAAUGGUGUACAUGGGCCUGUUACUUGUGUUCCGGCCAACAUUGUACAAACCACCAAUGUGUUGCCGCGGUCCAGUACGGAGGGGUCUCUGCUUCAAGUUAAGUUAAAGCGGAAAUUAACCUACAAAGGACACUACGAGUAUCAAUUUGUUGACUCGUGGCGUGUCAGGCGUGCUAUAGAUUACUUAAAGAGAACUAAUGUCUUGUAUAAAGACAUUGAGUUCAAUGAGGAAUGGUCAAAUGAUUUUUGUAGGGAGGAAGAGGUUGUUGUAAAGGCUGGUCAGGGUAAGCAGGUUGUUGUUGACACACAGUCCAGUGAGGAUGAGGCUGUAGAGCAGGAAAUUGGGGCAGAAGAGGAAUCCGAAGACAUAGUACAAGAUGAAAUGUUACAUGACAGACAACAGCACUGCAUGUUUCAGGACACUUGUCUUAUGCCUGUUGAUAUCGGUCAGGAAGCAUUAGAUCAGUAUUUUGCGGAUGUUGUAUGUCUGGCCCCCGCGGAAGGUAAUAGUCCGGUUAGAAUGCUUUCUGACAAAUUAAAUGAGGCGAAGUGUUUCCCUGUGCUGUUUCCGACGAGCACUAAUACAUUCCACACCCGCCGCACGCAUCGCUUAACAUUGUCGCGCUACUUUAAUAAUCGGAUAAUGCACGCCGACGGCCGUUUUGCGCACAAUGUGGAAUACAUAUUCUUUAGCCAGUAUAUGUCCGAAUUACACCAAGUGAUAAGUAGUAUUUCGAUCGCCAUGCGUAAAGGUAAGGGGGGUCAGCAUUCUCAGCGGAUUUCCCCGGGCAUGCUCAAAGACGACGAGUCUCUGAAGCGCUUGCUACAGUUCGAUGACGGUUUUCGUUUCCUUCGGCCCAUUCGCGGGACGCCAGCUUUUUGGUCUUCCGUUCAGAAAGACCUUUUGGCUUGUGUCCGCCAAUUGGGGAUUCCUACAUGGUUCUGCUCUUUUUCUUCUGCUGAUUUGCGCUGGCAAAAUCUCCUUGCCAGCAUCCUGAGACAGGAAGGCAGACAGCAAACAGUAGAACAGUUAGAGUGGGCCGAUAGGUGCGAGCUGUUGCGUCGCAACCCGGUCACAGCCGCGAGGAUGUUUGACUACAGGUGGCACUGUUUUUUGAAGGAAGUACUCAUGUCCCCUUCUCAACCAGUUGGCAAGAUUGUAGAUUUCUUUUAUCGCAUUGAGUUCCAGCAGCGUGGGUCCCCCCAUGUUCAUGCGCUGUUUUGGAUUGAGGGAGCUCCCCAAAUUUAUAAAAACACAGAUGUAGAAGUUGCAGAGUUUGUUGAUAAAUAUGUGUCAUGUGAGCUACCCUCUGGCGAUGACACACUAUUGGAAGUUGUGUCAUCGGUUCAAACGCAUUCAAAACGGCAUUCAAAGUCAUGUCGUAAAAAUAAAACGGUAUGUCGUUUCAAUUUUCCAAAACCCAUCUCUGCACGCACGUUCAUCUGCAAAAUCAAAGAAUGUGUUUGUCCUAAAAAGGGAACGGGGACAGAGGGUGAUCGCACUUCAGAAAACAGGCCAAAGUGCACCUGUUUUGACGAUGAGGGAAGGAAGAUGCCAAAGGAGGUUGCGAAGAUGUUUAUGGAGAGAGUAAAGAAUGCCAUGGGGAGGGAGGAGCCUUUUGGUAGUGUAGAAGAGUUGUUUGCCAGUGUGGGCAUCAACCAGGAAGUCUUUGAGCUCGCUUAUAGGCGGCUGGAGACUAAGAAUAAGGUGGUGUAUAGGCGAGGGGUAAACGACACCUGGGUUAACCAGUAUAAUAGGAAUCUAUUGAAGUGUUGGAAUGCUAACAUGGACAUUAGCUUUGUCACUGACGCCUACGCAGUCAUCAUAUACAUCAUAAAGUACAUCACAAAAUCAGAGACCGAAAUGGGUCUGUUAUUGAGCAAUGCCCUUAAGGAAGCAAAUAAACUAGGAAAUCUCUCUGCUAAAGACGCUCUAAAGAAACUGGGCAGUGUAUAUUUACACAACAGAGAUGUCUGCGCUCAGGAGGCAGUGUAUAGGCUAAUGAGCAUGCAUUUGAAAGAAUGUUCCAGGAAGGUCGUGUUUAUUCCAACAGGGAAUAACAUUGUGCGGAUGAGUUUACCCCUCAGUGUGUUGUUGCAAAGGGCUUCCUCAGAGGGCCUUAGGUCCGAAAACAUGUGGAUGACAAGCAUUGUCGAGAGGUAUAAGAACAGGCCCGAUAGUGUCGUGUUUGAGGAUAUGUGCAUAGCCACGUUUUGUUCGGAGUAUCGUAUUCUCAGCCAGAAUGAAAACUCGGACAAUAAAAUCGAACUUCUAGGGGGUUUAGGGUUCGUCUUGCGCAGAACACGAACGCAGUUUGCCGUCGUUCGCUACAUGCGGUUCAAAUUGGAGAAACAGGAGGAAGCCCACUUUCAGAGUUUGCUGCAGUUGUUCCUUCCUUAUAGAACUGAUUUAGAGCUCAAGCCGGAAGGCUUUGAGUUCUACAAACAGUUCCACGAGGAAGGUAAUGUGACGUUGGCUGGCGGGACCGAGCGGCCAGUGCGAGACGUCGUCGAUGAAAACAGGGCAAAGUUUGAAGUGGACUGUCCUCGAUUAGAGCGUGCGCAGGAGAUUGCGGACCUGUUGGGCGGUGUCGACGAGGAUGCGUGGGGGGACCUUUGUCCUGAACAGCAAGUCGAACACAUGGAAUGUUUAGAGGAGAGGCGGCAGCAGCAGCAGGGGGAAAUUAGGGACGAGCAGCUAGUUGAAUUGGAGGAAAAUGUCCCCGAUUUGUUUGUUGGUGGUAAACAAGUAGCUACAAUCGAGAGAAACACCAACAUUUUGCCUAGAAGGGAGGGUUUAGCUCUGGUCCAUUCUCUCAAUGAGACGCAGAGGAGCAUUUUUGAUAGGAUUAGGAAAUGGUGCCUAGAAAAGGUGAUGGGAAAAACCCCAGAACCUUUCCAUGUGUUCGUAACUGGUGGGGCAGGUACUGGAAAAAGCCAUUUGAUUAGAGCUAUCCAGUACGAGGCAGGGAGACUAUUGUCGCGUCUGUACCAACCAGAUGAAACCUGCGUACUCUUAACUGCUCCCACAGGCAUCGCUGCAUACAGUUUACAUGCAGCCACAAUUCACCACACCUUUAGUAUUGGCAUGCAGGUUAGUUUACCGUAUAUCCCUCUGGGUGAAGAUAAGAUAAACUCCUUGAGGGCUCAAUUUGGUCACCUACAAAUUCUAAUCAUUGACGAAAUCAGUAUGGUAGAUCAUCAUCUUUUAGCUUAUGUGCAUGGCCGGUUAAGGCAAAUGAAACAGACGGGGGACUUUUCUCCAUUUGGCAACGUUAGUGUUGUAGCUGUUGGUGACUUUUAUCAGUUGCCGCCCGUUAAAGGGAGGCCGCUGUACACCUGUCAGGUGGGUGUGGACCUCUGGUGUCAUUUUACAAAGGUAGAACUAAAAACAGUUGUGAGGCAAAAAGAUAGUGUCUUUUCUGAGCUGCUAAAUAGACUUAGAGUUCGGUCAAAGGAAACCCCCUUAUCGCAAAGCGACGUCGAUAUCCUCAAGUCUCGGGAGACGGGGGAACAGAGCGCUGCUUUGCAUAUUUAUCCCACGAAUAUGCAAGCCAGCGAGCAUAAUCUGAAGCGGUUGUUCGCAACCUGUCCAGAUUAUGUUACGAUUGAGGCCCAAGAUUUUAUUAACAGCAGGAAGACGGGUGAAUUAGAGCGCGUGGUCGGGCAUCACGGUAAAACGUCGUACACGUGUUUGGCCAAGAGUUUGUGUUUGGCUCCGGAAGCACGUGUCAUGCUUUGUAAAAAUGUUGCUGUGGCAGACGGUCUGGUCAAUGGCGCAUGUGGAACGGUGACUUAUAUUCAAUUUGGAGCAGAUGAAGACUUCCCCCUCGUAGUCUAUGUCAAAUUUGAUGAUCCUAAGAUAGGCUCACAAAGGAGAAAGGAACGUUCCCAUGCUGCUGUAGAAUGCCCGCAUUCUACUGCCAUUGACCCCGUGGAGGAUUCGGCGACAAAACGCGGCGGUUUGCGUCGUCAGUUUCCUCUUAAACUCGCGUGGGCCUGCACUGUUCACAAAGUGCAAGGUCUAACUGUCGACGAGGCUGUCGUGUGUUUACACAAGAUUUUUGCAGCUGGGCAGGCGUAUGUCGCCCUCAGUCGUGUUAGGGAUAUAUCCGGCCUUGUGAUUACAGAUUUUGAGGAAAAGGCCAUUUACUGCAAGCACACCGUCAAGGGGGCAUUGGAUAGCAUGCCCCCAUUCCUAAUUGAACAGCCACAGCCUUCAUUAGAAACUCCCACUUUCUCUGUGUAUUUGCUUAACGUCCAAAAUUUACGUUGCCACGUCGCUCACUUGGUGUCUUGUACGCAGCAUUUACAGCCUACCUGUAUUGCUGUCACAGAGACGUGGCUCAGUGCACAAUCCUCAACAGACUGUGUCCAAAUAGAGGGAUACACUUUCCACAGUCGUCCUCGAGCCUUGUGUUACAGCAGCAAUGAUGUCAAAUUAUCUGAGAUUAGAGAUCUCGAACAUGGCGGAGUGGGAUUAUAUGUUGUAGAUAAUUCGGACUGUGAGAUUCUGCAGGUGCCCGAUUUAAAUCUGGAGUGCUUGGUGUGCCUGUUUACCAAACAGAACCUUUUGAUGGCAGUAAUUUAUCGUCCGCCACGUUAUCCAAUUUCACUUUUUAAAUCCAAUCUGGUUAAGUUACUUGAUUGUGUAAAUCCCAUCAGUAACACAAUUGCUAUAAUGGGCGAUUUUAAUGAAGACCUCCUCAAACAUUCAUCAAUUUCUAAAUUAAUGGGCCAAAAUGGAUUUUGCCAGCAUGUAACACAAGAGACUACAGAGAGUGGGACAUUAAUUGACCAUGUUUAUGUCAAAACAACACAGUAUGCUGUGGAUUGUGCAGUGGUGUCCACUUAUUUCAGUGACCACGAAGCCAUCCUGUGUGGUUUUCGUGGUCAAGAUGAAGGUGAUACGUUUGAUUUGGAUGUGUUGUUUGCAGAUAGUUUUGCUGACGAAUAGGGUCCCUAAACAUCAUCACAACCGUCAACCCCCAAAAUGGAUUAA